CAGCCACUUACAGCAAAGAGAAACCCACGAAAAACCCACGAAAACCCUCGCCAACCACCUCUAAAAACCCACAUAUCUCUCUCAUUUCUUCACCAUUUCACCUCAUUUUUGUCUUAAAAGUUUCUAUUUUCAAUAUCUAAUCCCAUACACUAAAAAAGUUUUGUUUUUUCACCCAUUUACACUGUACCCGAACCUAUUUUAAAAAAAGGUGGUGGUUUAACUCCGACCACCGCUUUUAGCGGAGAAAUCGUUCAAUCUCAACGUUCAUUAAGGUGGCCGGAUUUUUGGUCGCAAUUUGUCGCCGGAUUGCGUUUAUAAGGUUGUGUGCUAAUAUUUGAGAGUCGAUCGACAUAUUUCGGUGUUGAUCGGAUUUGCAAUAGAUAUGGCCAACUCGAGUUCGGGAUCUGAUUCAGACCCAGAGGCAGAGUGUCCAACCACAAUACCUACACGAGGGCCGACGCAAAUGAAUGAAAUAUCCAAACUAAUGGAUCAGGGCAAAAGAGUGGCCCUCGAAGUUAAUGAUAAAGGUCAAUACUGUGGAAAAAGCUAUGCGAAGCUCGUAUCCACUCUAGGAGUCAGAUGUCGGCAGACAAUAGGGUUGGCUUAUAAAAACUGGAAAGAAGUCAACCCGACUCUGAAAAAUAAAGUUUGGAAAGACAUUCAGACGGGGUUCAUUGUGCCGGACACCUUCAAACAUGAUUGUCUCAUCCUAGCUGGGAAGUUAAUGAAAGACUUCAAGAAUAGGAUGACAAAAGACAUCAUAAUGCCCGCGUUGAAAGAGAAUGAUCUGGGACGACUGGCACAAGUCCCUGAAAAGCACCCCGAGAUCGACGCUGCUGAUUGGUGCAAAUUUGUUGAAAGUCGACUAACUCCUGAAUUUCUGGAAUUGAGUAAGGUGCAACGUGAACGUUCCUCAAAAAUUCAAUCCAGACAUCGAAGUGGUCGGAGUGGAAUGGUGAACGUACGGGAAGUUGUGAAAAAGGACCUCGAAGUUGCAGAUCCCCCCCGCCACCGUGUUUGGAUUAAAUCUCGCACCAAGAGUAGAAAACUUGUCACUAAUUACGACAAGGAAAUUGCAGAGAAGAUAGCUCAAUUAGAAGAGAAGCUUAGUCAGGGACAAAUUUAGGUCCAGGGCCAAAACGAUAUCCUGACGCAGGCGCUCGGGACACCAGAGCUUCCUGGACGUGUCAAGGCUGCUGGGUAUGCUAUUACUUCAAAUGUUAUUUAUUUAGUUACACAAAUAAAAUCGUUGCUAAUUUGCUUUUUAUGAUUUGUAGGUUCCUGACCAGGGCAUCUCAACUGUUCGGCAGGAAGAAAAGGGAAGUGUCUGAUGUUGUGGCUCGGCAAGCGAAGGAGAUUGAAAAAUUAAAAGCCGAAGUCCAAUCCCUUAAGCAGCAGAG